UAGUGAAUGUUUCCAGCUGAUUGUGUUGUCCUCAUGUCUCAUUCGUAAACAACUGAGAUACUUGGGUUUUUUUCUUUCUGUUUAUUUUUCUUGGACAUUAUAUUUUGCCUUCAUAUUUGUUUCAUUGGGGACGUCUUUAAUUUUGGUUUGUUUCAACACGGCGUUCGCUCUGCUCUGCACAAACAGGAAGAUAUUGGAGUUGGACAUUGUUGGGACGGGAUAAUCAGGAAUAACAAAAAAACAUUUCUAGGUUUCCGUGGACUUUUACUACCCGGCGAUAAGACUUAACUUAUUAAUUUUCCAAAUAAGAAAGAAAUGAGUUCCUCAGCGGCAGCCACCACGGUGGGUGAUAUGAUGUAUGGCACCACCUUAUCGGCCGAGUCCAUGAAAGUUAUUGCCGAAAGCAUUGGCGUUGGAUCACUACCCGACGAUGCCGCAAAGGAAUUGGCUGAAGAUGUUUCGAUAAAAAUCAAACGCAUCGUUCAGGAUGCAGCCAAAUUCAUGCAUCAUUCCAAGCGUGAGAAAUUGAUUAUGAGCGACAUUGAUCAUGCCUUGAAAGUUCGCAACAUAGAACCACAAUAUGGAUUUACAUCGAAUGAUUUUAUACCAUUCCGCUUUGCUUCGGGCGGUGGCAGGGAGUUACAUUUCAAUGAAGAAAAAGAAAUGGAUUUGACGGAGAUUGUGCAAGGAAACGUGGCAAAAAUUCCACUGGACAUAACAUUGAGAACACAUUGGUUGGCCGUUGAUGGUAUACAACCUACCAUACCAGAAAAUCCACCACCACUUUCCAAAGAUCAUCAAGCCUUGGAUUCGGUAAAUCCUGUGGUAAAACUGGAACAGGGCGUGACCAAGGAUACAGCUGGUAAACCAGCCACGGGUAAAAUACACAAACUUAAGAAUGUUGAGACGGUGCAUGUCAAGCAACUGGCCACCCAUGAGUUGUCUGUGGAACAACAGCUGUACUAUAAGGAGAUUACAGAAGCUUGCGUGGGCUCGGAUGAACCACGUCGUGGUGAAGCUCUACAGUCGUUGUCCUCAGAUCCAGGUCUACAUGAAAUGCUGCCACGUAUGUGUACCUUCAUAGCUGAAGGUGUCAAAGUGAAUGUGGUGCAGAACAAUUUGGCGCUAUUAAUCUAUCUGAUGCGUAUGGUCAAGGCCAUGUUGGACAAUCCUUCGCUGUAUUUGGAGAAAUAUCUCCACGAAUUAAUUCCUUCGGUGACCACAUGCAUUGUUUCCAAACAAUUGUGUAUGCGCCCCGAGCUGGACAAUCACUGGGCGUUGCGUGACUUUGCCUCCCGUCUUAUGGCUCAAAUUUGUAAAACUUUCAACACUUCGACCAACAAUUUGCAGACGCGUGUAACUCGCAUCUUUAGCAAGGCUCUGCAAAAUGACAAGACCCACUUGUCUUCACUCUAUGGCUCAAUUGCUGGCCUCUCCGAAUUGGGAGCAGAGGUGAUAAAGGUAUUUAUAAUACCACGUCUUAAAUUCAUUUCGGAACGUAUAGAAAGUCAUCUAUUGGGUUCGUCACAAAGCAAUACAGAUAAAACAGCAGCUGGUCACAUUCGGGCAAUGUUGCAAAAAGUUUGUCCACCAAUUCUAAAGCAAAUUCGUUCACCGCCCGAUUAUGCAGAGGAAUAUAAGAAUGAUUUUGGUUUUCUGGGUCCAUCAUUGUGCCAGGCCGUGGUCAAGGCUCGUAAUACACCAUCUUCCACAGUAACAAUUACCGGUUCCAGUGCAAUAUCAAGUGGAACCAUUACAUCGGCGGCUCAAACAGCCACCACAAUUGGACGACCUCAAGUGACACAAAUUACGCCGCAGAGACAACCAAGUCCUGUCAUCACCACCAUACCCCAAUUGAGAGGCAUACAACAAACUCAAAUACAACAGCAGCCACAAACCCCACAGCCACAAAAAUUUGUUAUUGUACAGGCCCAACAACAGAUUCAACAGCAACAACAGCAACAACAGCAACAACAGCACCAGCAACAAACGCCACAAUUAGCAAGUAAUUCAUCGUCAAAUGGUGCCAACAGCAGCAGCAGUAUGACAAUUGGUUCGGUGGUGAUUGGUGGAAAUGGCGGUGUAGGUAGUGUUGGUGCUGGUGGUUCAAUGGCCCCCACAACAAGUUCCGCCAGUAGUCUUUUUAGCACCGUAGGCAAUACGGUUGUCAUUGGCAGUAGCAAUAGCCUGUUAAAUAGAAGUGAAAGGACAUCUGUUGAUUCGAAUAACAUUAUAAUUGAAACGGAAGAAAUCCGUGCACCACCGGAAUUGGAUGACCUAUCACAUUUGGAGUGAAAUAAGUAAUGUGGGCAGUUUAAGUGUAACAUUAUCCUGCUGUCCUUUAUAGAUUUUUAAGAUUUUUUUCUUUUUGAGGCGUAUUCAAUUAAAUAAAUUGUAAAUGUAAUAUUGGAAGACAA